AUGAACAUAUUCAGGUUAUUGGGGGAUUUCUCCCAUCUCGUCGCCCUCAUAAUCCUCCUAAAGAAAAUCUGGAAGACUAAGUCAUGUGCUGGACUUUCAGGAAAAUCUCAACUUCUUUUUGCGGUUGUGUUUAUAUCACGUUACGUGGAUUUGUUUUUCAAUUUCAUUUCACUGUAUAACACCAUCAUGAAGCUUUUCUUUAUCAUUUGCUCUUGUGCGACCGUCUACUUCAUGUAUUUCAAAUUCAAGGCUACAUACGAUUCUAAUCAUGAUACAUUUGCUGUGUAUUUGUUGCUGAUCCCCAGUCUGCUUCUAGGAUUAGUGGCCAAUUACGAAUUUUCUUUAUAUGAGGUACUGUGGGCUUUCUCAAUUUACUUGGAAUCGGUUGCUAUUAUGCCUCAGUUGUUUAUGAUUAGCAAAACUGGCGAAGCUGAAACAAUCACUUCUCACUACUUAUUUGCGUUAGGAUCGUACCGUGCGUUGUAUUUGUUCAACUGGAUAUACCGUUAUGUUUUUGAUGAUUAUCUCGACUAUAUUGCUGUUGUUGCGGGUAUUGUACAAACAUUAUUAUACUGUGACUUCUUCUAUUUGUAUAUAGCUAAAGUUAUGAAAGGACGUGACUUACGACUACCUGCCUGA